CGUUUUCAGAGUAGGAGGUGUCGAAAUACCGAUGAAUAUCGAUUCAGGAGCGGCUGCGAACAUCAUCACUAAAGAAGUUUGGGAACAGCUGAAGGAAGCAGAGGUAGAUGUCCUGGAAAUGUCCACGAAAGUCGAUCGCAACCUUAUUGCGUAUGCUUCAACCGAACCAAUGAAAACGUGUGGGAUGUUCAAGGCUGUGAUAGAAGCUGGCCAUCACAAGACGUCAGCGAAUUUCUAUGUAGUGGAAAAUGGCCAACAAUGCCUUUUGGGAGACCAAACUGCCAAACAACUACAGGUUCUUAAAAUCGGGUUUAAUGUCGACGCAAUACAAGCAAAGCAACUCAAACCAUUCCCCAAAUUCCGUGGUGUAAUGGUGGAAAUCCCAAUUGACGAAAACGUACAGCCGAUGCAACAACCAUAUCGCCGGCCGCCAAUUGCUAUUGAGGAGAAAAUUGAACACAAACUCCGCUCUUUGCUUGAACAGGACAUAAUUGAACAGGUAAAUGGGCCUUCUCCCUGGAUUUCUCCCAUGGUUCCAGUAACGAAAGAAUCUGGUGAUAUCCGCCUAUGCAUUGACAUGAGGCAAGCAAAUCAAGCAGUAUUACGAGAAACACAUCCCUUGCCCCUUGUUGAUGAGUUGCUGGGAUCCGUCGACGGAGCUGUCCGGUUUUCGAAGAUCGACAUUCGUGAGGCCUACCAUCAGAUCGAGAUAUCAGAACGAUCGAGACCAAUAACGACAUUUAUUACAAAAUAUGGGCUAUUCAGAUAUAAACGUCUCAUGUUUGGGAUAAGCUGUGCGCCGGAGCUGUUCCAGAAAGUUAUGGAAUCAAUCGUGGCAGGUCUUGAAGGCGUGAUAGUGUAUCUUGACGAUAUUGUCGUCUACGGUAGCUCGAGGGAUGAACAUAACAAAAGGUUGGCUGCACUUCUUGAAAGGCUGGCAGAGUAUGAUAUCCUCCUCAACGAAGAGAAAUGUGUAUAUGAUGUCGAUAGCUUGGAGUUUUUGGGUCACGAACUAUCAGUUAAAGGCGUUCGCCCAACGGAAAGCAGAAUCGCUGCUAUUCAAAAGUUUCGGGAACCAGAAAAUGUAUCUGAAUUGCGCAGUUUUUUAGGACUCAUUUGUUAUGUAGGACGUUUUGUACCAGAUUUGGCCGCUCGGACGGCUCCAUUGAGAGAAUUACUUCGGGCGGAAGUUCCAUUCAAAUGGACUCCAACAGAGAGUAGGGCGUUCCUAGAGAUAAAAGAGGAAAUCAGCAAAAUUGAAUAUCUCGGAUUUUUCAACCGUAAAGACAGUACUAAGCUGAUCGCAGACGCCAGUCCAAAUGGACUUGGGGCGGUACUACUGCAAGAAGAUUCUUCCGGACAUACUAGAGUGAUUGCAUAUGCUAGUAAAGCCCUAUCUGAUUUGGAGAAAAAGUAUUUUCAGACAGAGCGCGAAGCUCUUGCACUAGUGUGGGCAGUUGAUAAGUUUAAACUGUAUUUGCAAGGGAAGCGGUUCACUUUGCUAACAGACUGCAAAGCGUUGAAAUUUUUGUUCAAUCCCAAAUCGAAACCCUGUGCUAGGAUUGAACGAUGGGUUCUCCAACUACAGUCUUAUAAAUACGACGUCGAACAUAUACCAGGAACAGCCAAUAUCGCUGACGCGAUCUCCCGGCUUUCAACAGACAGAUCAUCACCCAGGACAUUUGACGAAUCGGCUGAAAAGUAUAUUCGUAGUGUUGUGGAAAGUGCAGUACCAAGUGCUGUAACGUAUUCCGAAAUAGUGCAAGAGACGGCGAACGACCAUUCCCUCCAGGAAGUCGUGCGGGCACUCCAUUUGAAGUCGGAAGUUCCAAAAAUGUACAAACCAUAUGAAAACGAACUGUGUGCUGUAGAAGGAGUCUUGUUACGUGGUAACCGGCUUGUUAUUCCGAACACUCUACGGAACCGUGUGAUAGAACUAGCACAUGAAGCACAUCCGGGUAUUGCUGCUAUGAAACGUAGGUUAAGGCAAAAGGUAUGGUGGCCCUCGGUUGAUAAGCAAGCUGAAGAAUGUGUUAAGCGCUGUAAGGAAUGUACACUUGUAUCCUCCCUUGGGCCUCCCGAACCUCUCAAACGAACUAGAAUGCCAGACAAACCGUGGAACGAUAUUGCUAUCGACUUCAUGGGACCUUUGCCAUCCAGCCAUAACUUAUUGGUUAUGGUAGAUUACUUUACUCGGUUUACAGAGGUAGUCGUUAUGAAGCAGAUAACUGCUGCCGCCGUUUUGGAGUACCGGAAUCUAUCAGGGCGGAUAACGGUCCGCAGUUCGUUAGCAGCAAACGGCGAGGUGGAACGUGCAAACAGAACUAUACUGAAACACCUAAAAAUCAGCCAAGAAACAAACAAUUCUGAUUGGAUCUGGGAUUUGCGAACGUUCCUGUUGAUGUAUAAUUCAACCCCCCAUGCAACUACAGGGGUCGCCCCUUCAAUAUUGAUGUUUGGACGCGUACUACGAGACAAGCUGCCAACGUUUCAAGAGAAGCUAGACCGUCCAAAUGAAGAAGAAAUUCGCGAUCGUGACUGGGCUCAGAAACUAAGUGGUUCAAAAUAUGCCGACAACCGUAGAAACGCUAAGCCAUCUAAAUUGAAAGAGGGAGACAUUGUUGUGGCGAAGAGAAUGAUCAAAGAGAACAAGCUCUCUUCAACUUUCGCACCGGAAGAAUUCGAAAUCGUCAAGCUAUGUGGCACGGAUGCUACUUUACGUUCAAUGCAAUCGAAACGCGAGGUUCAUCGGAAUGUUGGACAUUUGAAACCAAUUGAAACUUCAACACCGACUCAGACAUCGGAAAUUUCAGACGGAAACGCAGAAGGACAUAAUCAUCCCAAUAACCUAUUGCCACCCUCGGACAGACCAACACGCUCUACACGAAAACCAUCAUACUUGAGUGAAUACAUAAUUGAAGAAGUUCUCGACGAUAAAGUGUAA